ACCUAGUUUCUUUGAAAAAGAAAUACAUUAGAAAGAAACUAUCCGUCUAUGAAAUUGUUACUGAUAAUAUAAAUUUUGAUAUCAUGAUANGGCUCGGUUUUGAAAAUGUGAAAAUUGAGAAAUUACGGCUUCUAUUAAUUUUUUAGAAUUUCAAUUACGCAUUUACAUACAUCAUUUACAAAAACAUUGACAUAUAUACUACAUAAUACAUACUACAUACACGUUACAAAUAAUCAUAUAUUGAUAUUUUACUGAUUAAUUAAAAUACAAUUAUCAUUUCAAACAUUUCGAAAUAUAUUGUCUAUUUUCUUGUUAGACGUAAGUCUACUAAAGAAAUACUAACUAUUAUGAGUAAUUUACAUCUUGGACCUGAUUCCCAGAAACCACCAGAAGUAAAAGGACAAGUUCGUUUAUAUGGUAUGAAAUAUUGUCCUUUUACACAUCGAAUUCGAUUAAUACUUUCUUAUAAAAAAAUUCCCCAUGAUAAUGUUAAUAUUAAUAUCAAAAAUAAACCAAAAUGGUAUUUAGAAAUUCAUCCAGAGGGUAAAGUACCAGCACUUUUUUCUUCAUUUCUUAUUCUGAAUAUAAGAAUAACAUUCUUUUGUGAUUUUCAGCUUAUUAGUAUUUUUUCAAACUGUAUUCAUGGUAAUGAUAGCAGACCAAUCAAUGAAAUUAUUGCUGAAAUUUCAUCUCUACUAAUAGAAUUUGAAGAAGAAUUAAAAACUCGUGGAACAGUUUAUUUUGGAGGAACACAACCUGGUAUGUUAGAUAUAUUGAUGUGGCCAUGGGUUGAACGACGGAAGUCUUUAUCUUUAAUUUAUGAAGAACCCACUCAUUUUAAUGAUGGAAGUUUUUCUCAUUUAAUGAAAUGGAUGCAAGAAAUGAAAGCACAACCAUUUAUACAAGAAAAUGAAUGUUCACAUGAAAAGUUUGCUCAGUUAGUCAAAGAUUUGAAAACAGGAAAUGUUGAUUUUGAUAAACUUUAAAUCUUUCAUUAUAUGUGCAUAUAUUGAUACAUAAUAAUUUAAGUCUUGGAUAUAAUUACAAGUUUGAAACAUUAAAAUAAUCAUUUAAUGAAAUUUACUAUAAUUAAUCUUAAAAUAUAUCUGAUAGUAUUAAUUUGUAAAUAGAAAUUAUUAUUUUAUAAAUAAUCAUAAAACUUUGAGCUUCA